GGCGGGGGCUGCAAUGCGGCAGAGUUUGUUAAGUGGUGGUGAUGGGGCACGAUGGGGAAGGUAAGCUGGGGCGCGUUGGGGCAGGUGAUUGGUGAGGCUGAAGAGCGGUAUUCCAUGCGCUCAAGCUUUCAAUCAUUUUUCCAAAGUGAUUAUUGUACUGAAGUGGUAGGGUGGCAUUACAUUACAAGUUCGAUAAGGACGCAGAAGAUCGUGUACAUUCCUGAGGGGCAACUGGACAAGGGGGUCAUGACUCGUGUCAGGCCAACCGUAGUUGCGGGGAGGAGGAAGAACGAAAGAAAAGGAAGUCUGAAGAUGGGGACUAUGGUGGAGCUGAAGAAAAAGCUCGGUCUCUCCAACCAGCGGCUUGUGGAACUCGGCGCUUCUCAUGACAAGUACUGGUACAUACCAAACAAGUGGGUUGGUAUCGCAAACAGGCUGAAGAUCUACCUAAUGGGUGCAAAGGGAAACCUGCGCCGCAUUGCAAAGAAAGACCUGAAGGAACUGGUUGUACGAAUUGAAGAAUGUAAGAGUAGGACGGACGAGGGGGGAGGGGGAGCAGGAGGAGGAGGGGGAGGGGGAGUAGGAGUAGGAGGAGGGGGGGGGUCAGCAGGAACGGCACCAGCAGCAUCAGCAGCAACAGGAGGAGGAGGAGGAGGAGGAGGAGGAGGAGGAGGAAUGAAGAAGUCGGUUCCUUCAUAUGUUCGGAAAGGAAGUGCACAGACUGAAAAGAAUACGCCCCCAAGUCUUGUGGCGGCGACGUGUAAUGGUAGUGGCGCUGCUGCAUCACAGGACACAUGGGGCUCUUCGGGGAAAGGAUCUGUCUUGCAUUUGGAUUGUGCUGAUGAUCAGAUAGAACAAGUGGAGGAUCGCGUGCUGCGGAAACCUCCAACAGGGUACCGCCAUCGUGGGAAACAAAGGAGUAGACCUGGGCAGCCAAACUCAGCUUCAGAUCAAGUACUUGGGAACAGCGGGAACAACGGCAAAGGCACUGGCGGUAUGAACAACAAAGCAAAGUUGUCAGAAGAUGCUGGCAAUGAUGACGUACACAUAGCUCUGGCCUCUCCCAGGGCAGGGACCAUGGGUGGGACAAUGUCUACCACUACUAGGCCAUGUACGACGAGCAGCACAGGGCCGUGUAGUACCAGUAGCAGGCCCAAGAUGAUGACACUCUGGACGGAUGAGGACGAGACCGUUUCCUUAAGUGAGUUGAAGCGGGGCCGCAUUCGAAAAGAUUUUACGCUGGCGACGUGGCAGGAGUCGAGUGCUGAGCUGGAAUCGAUCCCUGCCACAGAAUUUGGAACAGAAACAAGUGCAGAGCGAACAAGAACCCAAGAGCACCCAGAGGCUAUGACACGGAAAAGGCAGACCGGGCCAUCGCCAACAGACGCUGUCAAGGUUUGGCGGCUCCACCUUUGCUGGCAGCAAACCAGUGUAAAGCAGGUAGGGCUCCCAAGGGUGGGCGCUUGUGGAGGAUCGUGUGGAGAAGUACUUGAGGGAAGUAAUGGUUCUAGCCCGAUGAGAGAGCGAGAAGUCACUUCGAACGUCGGGCGUGGCAGACAUUGGGAGGUGAAGUCGGAGGAAGAAGACGGAUCGCCAGAUGGAGUCGUGGCAGAAACAGGCAUCAGGAGAAGCAAGGGAGAUCACUCCACUGAAAGUGGCGAAGCGACAGCAAAUGCUGCAAGGGAAGAUGAGAAGGAGAGCACAUCAGCACCUCCGGAGACUUCAAGGAAUCCGACAGCCAAGUUGAGCCAUGAAGAUGGAGGCCGUGACUUGACCAAACGGGGUGGCCUGAACGAGUGCCACAGUGGUGAGGGCAACGACGGUGAAGGAGCAAGGGUAGUCGUGGAGGAGGCGGAGAAGAAGAGGGAGGAGGAGGGAGAGACAGAAGACGAUGAUGAGGAAGAGGAGGAGGGGGAGGAGGAAGAGGAGGAAGAGGAGGAAGACGAAGUUCUGGAGGAGGAAGAGGGGCUUGAGCAAGAGGUCAAGCGUGAGGAGGAGGAUGAGGGAGAGGAGGGGGAGGAGGAGGAGGAGCGUGGGCUUGAGGAGGCAGAGGAGGACGAUGAGGGUGGCGUGAUGCAGCUCGCAAGAGCCGUGGCUGAUAAUGAACGAAUGCUGCGAGAGGGGACAGAAAAGGCGGCAGCUUUCAGAGAAGGAUCAUUGCCUCUUCCCAUGAGAGAUCAUGCUCAUAUGGAUGACGUCUGUGAAAAGCAGUAUGCGAGGCUGGUCAGCGACCUUCUCGCUCGGAAAUCAUGCUGGUUCUCAGGGGCAAGGGAGGGGGACGAGGCAAGUCUCCGAAGCGAUCGCUUUCUGGAGGUGCUCAGCARGCUGACGGAAUCAGAGGUUCAAAGACUUGCGAACAUUAUAGCCGACAUCAUUCGCUUGAAGAGGGAGAGGUGGGMUCAAGACACUGAAAGCAUGAGCGGUGAUGGUGACGCUGUAAAUAACUUUGAUGCCGACUCCAUACCAAUCAGUCAUAGAUGCCAGCCCAACGAUUCUGCUAGAGAAGAAGCUGUCAGGAUGGCGGGUGCUCACGAAACUGUCAUGGAAAGUACUCUGAAUGUCCAAAUGAGCCGGAGCAAGGACAGGCUAGAGAGGAUGGGUCUGAUGGAAGACCUGCUGCGAAAGCAAGUCACGGCGAAUGCCAAGGGGAGAAAAGAGGAAGGAGGCAGCAGCAGUGGCCCUGACCUCGUGCAGGUUACCGCCCUCCUAAGAGCACGAGUGACAGAGCAAGAGGCAUUGCUCGACAAGUUUAGAAAGGAGAACCUGGAGAAAGACAGCCGGAUCGCAGAGCUGCGGAGGGAGCGUGAUGCAUGCAUGGAAAAGUACUUAGGCAUUCGGAAUGACCUYCGAUUGAUACUCAGAMGGUAUUCAUUAACCUCUCUUGGAAACCAACAAACACGUUCUCUACCCAUCAACACAAAUGCUUUUGUGUUGAACCCUGCCACAUGAGUUCAACGGUUCAAACGYGUGCGA